CCCAUCUGCUCCUUGCUCUGCUCGUGGGCUUGGAAGGGGUUGGGGCCUCGGAGCAGCGGCUUUUCCAGCCCUCCUCUGGCUGGCCCAGCAUGGAUGGAGGAAGGCAGGGCUCUCAGCUGCCUGCCUCCCCCAGACCCUCCAUUCAUCAAGCAGCGGGAGACCUCAUGGUGGGAGGCAGGCUGCCUGUGUUCCAGCCUUGGGCAGGGUUCUCUGAUGAGAUGGAUCUGUAGAUGGGCUGAUGAUGCCCCAUGCCAUGGCAGCAACGGGCUCAACUGGACGUUUGGAGGCCAUACGGAGUUUCUGUUGUCCACUGACUCUGCAGGACACAGCCAGUUUCCUGCACACACUAGAUGCCUUAUGGACCUUAUGGGCUCCCACUGUCUGGCUGGAGGCAGAAGGACAUCCUCGAUCACACCGUUUCAGUCUUCUGGAACUAAAACAUGUUCGAGAUUGGCAACAUUAAUCAAGGAGGAUCUGUGGGAAGCUUUGGACGGUGCCCAGGCCUGCCCCACUGCGAUCCUGUUUUUCCUGCUUCUUGCAGGCUCCCGUGACACGCAGCCAUCCCAUGGAGAUGUUCAAGUGAGCCCGUUCCUGAGACCAGACCUUCCCGGAACAGUAGCCGGAGGACAGCCCGGCUCUCCCUGCGAGAUGGAAGCCCAGGGGGUGUCCAGCCUCCAUCUGUCUGUGAGCCUUCCCAGGGGCCCUGCAGCUCCUAUCAGGCCAUAGGCUUGACUGGACGUAGGCCAGCGGUGGGAGAACCUGCUCUGGCUGGCAUUGCAAGGUGCCAGGCACACCUGAGCAGCCGGGCAGGUGUGACAGAUGCCCUGGACCACAUGGAGCUGGCUGUGCCUUGCGCACACGCCACCGUCCCAUCCCACCUCCCCUCUCCAAACCUCCCUCUGCUUCCCGGCUAGCUCAGGUGUGGCGCAUCUGUGGCCCAUUGGCAGCUUUCUUGCCCGCAGUGCUAGGGAGCUGUCAGGUUAAAAGCUGGCUUGCUCGAUUUGAUCCCACAUGUGAGCUGUUUUAUUUCCCUCUCUCUCCCUUACAUGGCUUCGGUGUGCUUUUAUAAAUAUUUCACUAGCCUUGCUAAAGUCUAUUUCA